UUCUCCCCGAAUUCUCUUAAACGCCACUCUGCUCUAUCUUCUUCUCUCCGUCUCGCUUACAGAAGUAUGGGUUUGUGGACUCUAUUGGAAGGCUUUUUGCUUCUUGCAAACGCAUUAGCAAUAUUGAAUGAAGAUCGUUUCCUUGCUCCUAGAGGAUGGAGCUUCGCAGAAGUCUCUGGUGGCAGGACAAAGUCGUUGAAGGGGCAACUUAUAGGGCUCAUUUAUGCGACUCAGUAUCUGAGAUUACCACUUAUAGUUCUCAACGCGAUCACUAUAGUUGUAAAGCUUGUAUCUGGGUGAUAUAGGUCGGAGGAAGACAUGUAUGAAAUACAAUGUGGUCUGGUGAAUGGGUUUGUCAACACUUGUUACUAACAUUUUCUUAGGAACUGGAUUUGGUGUGUUUAGUUGAUCAGAGUUCAAAAAGUAGAUCAGCAGAGAAGUGUAAUUUCUCUAAUUAUCUUUUUCCCGUAAAUUGGCAACCGCAUAUGUUAUGACUGAGUUUGGAUACAAAAUAUAUUCAUAUUUUUUAACUACAUUAGGACAUUACUCUGCCAAGUUUUUCUGUUGAAAUCGAAUGAAUGGGGAAAUUAUUCC